CUGUCUGCUGGCUUGAGUUAGCUACUUCAUGCUAGGCAAGGAAAUGUCCCAUUCUGGUGAAUUGUUACUGCAUAAUUUCACCUUUCUGUAAGCAGGCAGACAUGUAGCGGCGACUGUAGAAUAAACACUGCCACUUGGUUUGUGUUUCUAAAGCCUAAUCUUGUCUCAAACCCCACCAGGUUUCACACUGUUACUGUAGUUUACAAACAGUAACGUUACGGAGCACGACGACUCCCCUAAACCAAAAAAAAAUGCCAUCGAGAAAUCAUCUUGACAAAAUCGGGAGGAAGAAGAAGAAGAAAUGGACAGAGGAGGCCAUGGAACGUGCACUGAUUGAGGUGAAGUCGGGAAGGUGUACGGUGAGACAGGCUGCCAAAGAGUUUGGAGUCCCUAAAUCCUCACUGGGGGACAGAGUCAGUGGACGGGUGACACCAGGGAGUCGCAGCGGGCCAGCUCAGCUUAUAACGUCUGCCGACGAGGAGCUGUUGGUGGAGUUCUCUUUAUACAUGUCCAAACACGGAUUUCCACUGACCAAGCAACAGCUGGUGUCCUUUGCCUCAUCCAUUUAUAAGCGGCAGCAUCGGAGGGUGGCAUUUUCUAAACUAGGCCAGACCUGGUGGCUCAAUUUUAGAAAACGGCAAGAAAAGAAUAUUACCAUUCAGCCAGCAGACAAUGUUGUCCGUGGGAGGACAGUAUGUGUGAGGAAGGAAGCAGUGGAUCAGUUUUUUCAUUUACUGAGCACUGUCAUGGACGCUCAUGGGCUCAGAGACAAGCCUCACCAAAUCUUCAACUGCAAUGAGAUGGGCUUUCAGCUGGGCAGGAAGAGGGUAAUUCUCCCCAAAUCUGCCAGUCUGGGCUACAAGCCAGCACCAGGCCUGAGGGACCACAUCUCUGUCCUGGCUUGCUUUAGCGCAGCUGGAGAGGACAUUCCCCCAUUUAUUAUCUACUCAAAGGCCUAUCCAGGGGGAGUAUGUUACAAGACACAAGGGCCUCUGAAUGCCCUCUAUGGAUGGUCAGACUCGGGGUGCGUCAACUCUGACCUUUUCAAGAAAUGGUUCCUCAAACACUUCCUCCUGCACGCACCGAAGAAGCGUCCGCUGCUGCUGAUGUUCGACGGCCACAAGUCCCCCGUGAACCUCGAGGUGGUGGAAGCAGCUCGCAGGGAGGACGUCAUCCUCCUGUGCCUUCCGCCUCAUUGCUCUCACAUCCUGCAGCCGCUCGACGCGGGUCUCUUUGUCCUCCUGAAGCAGCGUUUCGCAGCGCUCAUCGGUGAUGGUGGCGCCGCUGAUAAUCACUUUGCAGUCAGCAAGAAAGAGUUCUCAGGUGUGUUUAAAGGGGCGUAUCAGAUAGUGAACGAGGAGGAGGAAGGUGUCAGGACUGUGAAAGAGGGCUUUAGGAAAUGUGGCAUCUACCCGUUGAACCACUUCACCAUCAACGAGGGUCAUUUAAUGCCAUCGCUCGGCAUGGGCCCGGCAGCUGGACCCUCGCUGUCCACAUCAGCACAGGGGGUGCACGCUGUAGGAGACCUCACAGCUGCUGGACCCUCCUCCUAACGCAUUACUACCCAAGACUAUCAAUCAGCUGUCAGUACCUUUUAAGGAAAGAGUUUGACUGCAUAAUUUAACAACACUUGAAUGAAGACAGACUGUAUCUGCCAUUUGAAAUACCAAAUGGGUUUACACUCCCUCCCUCGGCCUCCCUGCAGAGCGCUCUGUUUGUCAGAAGAGAAGGAAUGUGUUGAUAUUAAUUGCCGUUGUGCUCAGAUGUGAUGGUUAAGUCAAAAUGUUUGAAUGCUGCACAACAGCAGUUUCCAACCCCGCGGAGGCCUGAAGAAGAUUAUCAAACGAAUAAAAAAGGGAAAAAACUGUAUUUCUAUAUUGUCUAAGAUUUCUCUAUUUAUUGCCCUUUUCUUGUGAAAUACUGGAUACUUUAAACUCUUCAGGCCUGUCAAAAUCAUUCAUUCAUUCAUAUAAGCUGAGGCAGAAACAUGGGUUCAUUUUAGGGAACACAAUCUCUGCUCUGUCAUUUUGUUCUUGUGUGUCAUGUAAUUGAUGGCCAGCCAGCUACAUAAGCUAACUAACAUCAAGCAGUGUAAAUAGUUGUGCUUGAUUUAUCUGCUAAUCUACAAGGCGUGUAAUGUGAGCUAGUUUUUCUAACUCUGCUCUGGACUGAUCAAACAAGUUGUUUACUCGUUCAACGUGUAUUCAUUCAGCUGUUAACAGAUUCACCUCAUUGUUCUUAACAUGCCUACAAAGAUAAAAGGACAGAUUUAAAACGUCCACGUUAUUCUCCAUAGUUACAGGAACUAGUACAUUGUGAAAAUGUAGUCAAAUGUUGCCGUCUGUCAAGAUUUAUUAUUGUCCAGUAUCCAUUCAAGCAUGCUGUGAAACCCACUGAGAGAACACGGGGAUAACAAUGUUUUUUUAUAUAAAUUAUAAAAAUCUACUAAUAGACGGGAAAAGAUAACAUGUCUUUGAAACUGCUAACAAUAUUCUGUGAAUCUGUUAUUCCUUUGUUUGAGUAUUCUAAAUGUACUUGGUUCAUUAAGUAGUUAUAAAAGGAAUAUAUUGUAUAAAAUACUGAAGAACUGAGAAGAGUUUAUCCCUUUUUUAAUUUGGGGAGGAAAUACUUUAUACAGAAAUGUGUUUUUCAAAUAUACAAUAUAAUAUAUCUCAGGGGGGAACUCCAAUAAAGAAUAAAGGUAUUUUUGAAAUA